AGCUGCCGAAGCGCUUGAAAUCUCCAUUCCUGGGCCACGACUCUCAUGUCCCGACUGAUAGUGAAGAAUCUCCCCUCAUACAUAACAGAUGCCCGACUCCGAGAGCAUUUCGCCUCCGCACCGUCAGCCGGGGGCCAUGGAGCCCGUAUAACUGAUGUGAAGCUAAUGUUCCGUCAAACGGAUGGCGCGCCACGUAGGUUUGCGUUUAUUGGCUACAAGACCGAAGAGGAUGCUAUGGCAGCGAAGGAGUACUUCGAUAGAACAUUCAUUGAUUCUUCCCGAAUUAGCGUCUUAGUUAUCAAUUCGAAUAAAAAUUUCGAGAAACCAAAAAAGAGACAGAGGGUGGACAACAUGGUAUCGCCCAAUCAUUCAAGGCCAAUAGAGAAAAGCGCUGCGCAGAUCCAGACGCCGUCCAGCGGCGAAGGUGUUGGACCCCAGGACGAGGUGUUGUCCGAGUUCCUUCAGGUUAUGCAACGACGCAACCCAAAACAUCGGUUAUGGGCAAACGACGAUCCAGGGGUGUCUAAACAAGUUCAGGGAGAGGCAUCAGAUAAAUCUCAAGCUUCCACCUCCGCCGAAGUGCUGGAAGAUCCACAUGAUCCCACCUUAUCUGAUCUUGAGUGGAUGAGAAGCCGAAUGGCCCGCCACGCUCUAUCAGAUGAGCAGCCAGAAGCCUCAAACACACAUGGUUCCUUGGAAACAAAAGAACCGGUCGACGAACAUGUUGAUGAGGUGCCCCCACAAACUGAAGAUUUUGGAAAGGGCACUGUAAGACUCUUUCUCCGCAAUAUCCCUUACUCUUGUGCGUCUUCCGAGCUCGAAGCUGCCUUUUCGAAGUUUGGCCCAGUUGCGGAGGCACAUAUACCCAUUCAUCCUAGAACAAAAGAGUCGAAAGGCGUAGCUUUCGUCACUUUCACUGACUCCGAACAUGCCAGUGCUGCGUACAAAGAGAUGAAUGGGUCGACUUUCCAAGGCCGUGUAUUGCAGGUUUUUCCUGCGGCGGAAAAGAGAGGGGACACUGGAGGCGAGAAUAAUUUAUCCUUAAAGGAAAAGAAGCUUGAGGAUGCCAGAAAGAGCGCAGGGAAAUAUUUCAAUUGGGCUACACUGUACAUGAAUAGCGAUGCCGUGGUAUCCUCUAUUGCAGACCGAUUUAAGAUCGAAAAGGCAAACAUUCUCAAUCCUGACUCAAAUGAUGCAGCGGUGAAGUUAGCUCUGGCUGAAACCCACAUCAUUCAGGAGACCAAAAAAUUUUUGGAAGAUCACGGAGUAAUGAUGGAUUCGUUCAGGUCGGCACCUCGCAGCCAAACAACCCUUUUAGCCAAAAAUAUUCCGUAUGGCACCACCGUUUCGGAGUUGAAUGGUUUAUUUUCUCCCCAUGGCGAGAUAACUCGACUUUUGCUGCCUCCCGCUGGUACGAUUGCUGUCGUAGAAUUUGCACAUGCGGACGAAGCUGCGAAGGCUCUACGCGCUGUGGCCUAUAGGCGGGUAGGGAAUUCAGUUGUGUAUCUUGAGAAGGCCCCCCUUGGGAUAUUCAAGGAUGACGCUGAAACCGCGAGGCAGCGGACGGAAUCCUCCGUUGCGGACACCCCGAAGGACGAAGUCGCCGGAAGCUCGCCUGAGUCCACAUUGUUCAUCAAGAAUCUCGCCUUCGCCACAACGACUGAGAAACUUAGAGAUACUUUUGCGCGUCUCCCAUCUUUUAUCUCUGCCCAUGUACAGACGAAGCCUGAUCCGAAAAAUCCUGGAGGUACUCUUAGCAUGGGAUAUGGUUUCAUUCGCUUCAAGGACAAGACUGGUGCGAUGAAUGCUCUCAAGAGCAUUCAAGGCUUCACCCUUGAUGGCCACUCGCUUAUCGCCGAUCAUGCCAAGAGAGGUGCAGAUGAUACAGCUGGAGGCGACAAGAAGGCCACUGUUGGCAGGGCAAUGAGUGCCAAGUUGAUUGUUAAGAAUGUGCCCUUCGAAGCAACGAAGAAGGACGUUUGGUCAUUGGUCAGCGCCCACGGUCAGCUCAAGUCUGUUCGCCUUCCCAGAAAGUUCGAUGGCGGGACCCGUGGAUUUGCAUUCUUGGAGUUUGUUUCGCGACAUGAAGCUGAGAAUGCGUUCACGGCACUCCAACACACCCAUCUUCUCGGCCGCCACCUUGUUCUCCAAUGGGCUGAGGAUGGAGAGGACUCUAAAGAAGAAGCCCUGGAACGAAUGCGGGAGAAGGUCAGAAUUGGCUAUGGUGACGGCAACAGCGAGCUACCUGGUAGAAAGCGGAAGUUUGACAUGGAAGGUGGCCUGGAGGGUGAUGACUUGGAUGACCUCGAUGAUUGAACGUUUACAUACGUAACAGUCUAAUAAUUAUUUGAUUUGUGGAGCA